AUGGAAAUACAAAAAACAACUACAGCUGAACAUAAAUGUAGGAGGAAUGUCUUACGGUCUAUAUUUGUUCAAAAGAGGUUUCUUGAUAGUAGAGAUGCCUUGAUAAAUAAUAUAACACAACCUAAGUUUUCACAAAAGUUAAAAUGCUUUUUUAAAUUUAAUCAUAAUACUCAUAAGUCAAAUUCAUCUUUGCAUGAUAAGAAUAUAGGAUGUAAUAUGGUGUUUAUUGAUGGUGAUCAUACUGGGGAUUCGAGUUAUGGUGGAUAUUCAUAUCUUUCUGAGCACAAAAACACUUAUACAAAUGAUAAUCAGAUUUUACAUUUUUCUUUAAAACAUGAAAGUAUACUGAAAAAUGCAUCUUUUCCUCAUUGUUCUUUAAAAGAUGAGAAUGUUAUGCAGUUCUUCAGGAGAAUAAAUCCUGUGUCAUAUGGAAGAUCUAAUUUUUGUAAAUUAAAAAUUCAUAAACCUCAGACUUUACCAUCGGAACUAGCUAUGACAUUGGAAAAGAACUGUUCAGAUGUGUUUUCUAGUUCUAGGAAAAUUUGUGCUUCUGAACAUCUAAAUAAUGUAGAUUCUGAUAGUAAGAAUACAAAAAAUUCUUUGAACAUUUCAAAUUCUUUGGAUAAUAAUCGUUCUGGAAAACUGAAAAAGUCGAAUAAUUUUUCAAGAACAUAUUCGAGUAAUUCCACUAAAGUGUGUAAUGUUGAAGUGGGUCCAUCUAGUUUUGAUAAAAUUAAGUUACUUGGAAAAGGUGAUGUUGGGAAAGUAUAUCUUGUUCGGGAAAAGAAGACGAGAAAGCUAUAUGCAAUGAAGGUUUUAAAUAAAAAGGAGAUGAUUAAAAGGAAUAAGAUUAAACGCGUACUUGCUGAACAAGAAAUUUUAGCAACAAGUAAUCAUCCUUUUAUUGUUACUCUUUACCAUUCUUUUCAAUCUGAUAAGAAUUUGUAUUUUUGUAUGGAAUAUUGCAUGGGCGGUGAAUUUUUCAGAGCAUUGCAAAUGCGUCCUGGAAAAUGCCUAUCUGAAGAUGCAUCCCGGUUUUACGCUGCAGAGGUAACAGCAGCUUUAGAAUAUUUGCAUUUAAUGGGGUUUAUUUAUCGUGAUUUAAAACCAGAAAAUAUUCUUUUGCACCAUUCUGGUCACAUAAUGUUGUCUGAUUUUGAUCUCUCUAAGCAAUCUGCACCUGGUGGUGCACCUGCCAUGGUUGUAUCAAAAAGUGUAUCUGGUUCAUUCCCUGCAAUAGAUACUAGGUCCUGUAUUGCAGAUUUUCGGACCAAUUCGUUUGUUGGAACAGAAGAAUAUAUUGCACCUGAAGUCAUUAAAGGAUGUGGACAUACAAGUGCAGUGGAUUGGUGGACUUUGGGUAUUCUGACUUUUGAAAUGCUUUUUGGGGUUACUCCGUUUAAAGGAAAAAAUAGAAAUAGUACCUUUACAAAUAUUUUAAAAAAUGAUGUUGUAUUUCCUGAAGUUAGUUAUCAGCAAAUCACAAGUUCAUCUAAGUCUUUUAUUCGGAAACUCUUAAUUAAAGAUGAAAAUCGUCGUCUUGGAUCGAAAGCAGGUGCAUCUGAUGUAAAACUUCAUCCUUUUUUUCGGAAUACUCAAUGGGCAUUAUUACGUCAUACACGUCCUCCUAUAAUACCUGUACUUGCGGGGAAUUUUGAAACUCAUAAUCUUCGUGAUAUAAAAGAAAGUUUAAGUACUGAUAUAGAAUCUUCUCAAAAUAUCAUGACAGCGGCACCAACUAUUGAACGAUCUUUAGGAGGCUGGUUACCUCCUAGUUCAAGAGUUUCUGUUGAUCCGUUUGGUUCUUUCAGUUCAAUGACUAUUAUUCAUGAAGGAGAAUGUCAUGAUUCGAUUUUUGAUUACGAGAAUGAAAGUGUAAAUAAAAAAGAAACAUAA